AUGGAUGCCAAAAAGGCGAAGACGUUCUUCCACUGGGCCUCUCAAUUUCGGCAACUCCAACACGGCAAGUCCUACUGUGUUAUACUUCAUAUUCUUGUUCGUGCUGGGCUUCUGAUCGAUUCCCGGGAACUACUCGAGUCGGCGAUAAGGAAGAAAUCGGAAGCUGGGAAUCCAAGUUGUUUAAUUGUUGAGAUGCUUUUGAGUAUUCAUGAAGCUGUCCUUCCCGGUCCCCAAGCUUUUGAUCUUUUCGCACAGGCCUACUCAAAGAUGAGGAUGGUUGAGCUCGCAUUUGAUGCUUGCCGAUGCUUGGGAGAUCAUGGAUUCAAUCCGAAUCUCAUGAGUGUCAACACUUUGUUGCAUGUGGCACAGAAAUCCAAUGAAAAUGAAUUGGCUCGGAAGGCGUUUGAGUAUAUGAUUGAGAGGAUAGUAUCAAAUUCAUGGAAGAGAUGCGCUCCAGGAGUGAUUGCUGAUGCUGCAUUGGUUUAUUGGAUGUUUGAGGAGGGUAGAGAUGAAGAAGGGAUGGUGUUGUUGAAGAGAAUGUUGCAGAAGAACAUGGUGUUCGAUAAUGUUCUGAAUGCUUCGAUCAUAUUUGCGUACUGCCGGAUGGGUAAAUUGGAGUAA